AGAAGUUUAGAACCCCACUACCAAAUUUACAGGGAGACUGAAAGAAAAGGAAGGAAACAAAACAUACCCAUACUCUCCAUAAGCUAAACCAUACCCACCCCUCCCCUCGUGUUUUCUCUGCUUUCUCUACUCCUGUAACACCAAGCUUUGGUUUACAAACUCAAAAACCGAUACCGAAAACCGAAAACUAAAACCACAGAAAUCAUGGGUUGCUGCCAGUCCUCGUUUUUAACAGAGACCCACCCAGAGAAGGAGCAGCAUCAAGUCCAGCUCCAAACCCAGACCUACCCACCUUCCAUUGGACUCGACCCAGUACCCGGCGGCGGAGGAGAAGUCCUAUCCUUCUCCGAGUUCUCCUUCGUGGACCUCAGGGCCGCCACCAACAACUUUAGCUCCGACUUCAUCGUCUCCGAGAGCGGCGAAAAGGCCCCCAAUCUCGUCUACAAGGGCCGCCUCCGCAACCGCCGCUGGAUUGCUGUGAAAAAGUUCGCCAAGUUGGCCUGGCCUGAUCCCAAACAGUUUGCGGAGGAGGCGCGGGGAGUAGGGCAGAUGAGGCAUCCGAGGCUGGCCAAUUUGAUUGGGUAUUGCUGUGAUGGAGAUGAGAGGCUGCUGAUUGCUGAGUACAUGCCUAAUGAUACUCUUGCCAAGCAUUUGUUUCACUGGGAAAAGCAAACCAUUGAAUGGGCCAUGCGCUUGAGAGUAGCUCUUUAUAUUGCUGAAGCAUUGGAUUAUUGCAGCACUGAGGGACGUCCACUGUACCAUGAUUUGAAUGCUUAUAGGGUUCUCUUUCAUGAGGAUGGUGAUCCUCGGCUCUCAUGUUUUGGCUUAAUGAAAAAUAGUAGGGAUGGGAAAAGUUACAGCACAAACCUUGCCUACACACCUCCCGAAUAUUUAAGAAAUGGAAGGGUCACUGCUGAAAGUGUAAUUUACAGCUUUGGCACCGUCCUUCUGGAUCUGCUAAGUGGAAAACACAUCCCCCCUAGCCAUGCCCUUGACAUUAUACGGGGAAAAAAUAUCAUCAGCUUAAUGGAUUCACAUUUGGAGGGAAAAUUUUCUACAGAAGAAGCAACAGUUGUGGUUAAUCUUGCCUCUCAGUGUUUGCAAUAUGAACCUAGGGAGCGGCCUAAUACAAAGGAUCUUGUUGCAACUCUAGCUCAACUACAAACCAAACCUGAUGUUCCAUCUCAUGUCAUGCUUGGGAUUCCAAAGCACGAGGAAGCCCCAUCAACCCCGCAGCCCCCAUCAACCCCGCAACGCCCUCUUUCGGCAAUGGGUGAGGCCUGUUCAAGAAUGGAUCUCACAGCCAUCCAUCAGAUUUUAGUUAUGACACAUUACAGGGAUGAUGAAGGAACUAAUGAGUUAUCUUUCCAAGAGUGGACCCAAGAAAUGAGAGAUAUGCUGGAGGCAAGGAAGCGUGGGGACUUUGCAUUCCGUGAGAAGGAUUCCAAAACUGCCAUUGACUGUUAUUCCCAGUUCAUAGAUGUUGGAAUCAUGGUCUCUCCAACUGUUUUUGCUAGGCGCAGUCUGUGUUAUCUGUUAAAUGAUCAACCAGAUCCUGCCCUACGAGAUGCAAUGCAAGCACAAUGCGUGUAUCCAGAGUGGCCCACUGCCUUCUACAUGCAAUCAGUUGCGCUGGCCAAGCUGGACAUGAACAAGGAUGCUGCUGACAUGUUAAGUGAAGCAACUGCACUAGAAGAGAAGAGGCAACGAGGUGGGAGAGCAUCAUAAAAAAACAACCCUGUAAUGAGUUAUAAUCGGUUCAUCAUUACCCAUUGGCAAUUGUUGUUGAGGCUACCCAAAUUUGUACAAAAUUUGAGCUGGGAAAUCAUUAGUGUAUUCUAAAAUGAAAAUGUAAUGUAGAAAACUUUGUUGUAUCAAUGCUUGUGUGCUUCAAAUCA